GGCAAUGGUAAGAAGGGAGGUGUCUUGACGCAAAUUUCCAUCGCGGUUGUCUACUUGGUGGAGCUCCCGCGGGUGCAGUUUAGCAUAUUAGCUUCGACACUGAAUUGUGAUAUAGUAGCAGUAGAGCAGCAGGACGAGAAGCCCACGACAGGAAUCAAAAACAAAAUACGUCGUCCACCCGGUGUCCUAAGCCGACGUGUCAUACAGUGUUCAGUGUGCGUUUCUCUACUCGCACGCAGGAGAAUUCGCAACUGGUGCCACGUGAUCGCUUUGCAGAGUGAGCACAUUUACCCAGAUCGGGUGAGCGAAAAAAUACUGAAGAUUGUCGCCGCCAUCGCUACACCAGUAUAACAAGCGUGACCGUGUGCCGCAGUUAUGACCACCAGCACCGAGGAGGAGUUUGCCCGGCUGAAGGCCCUGGUCUUCCGCACGCUUGAGAAUAAUGGGGUCUUACGGGAUAUCCGCACGCAAAUCCGGCACAACGUUUACAAGACGAUCGAGCAGGACGAGGUCUCUUUGUUGAAGCCGACACUGCACGAACCCUCCUUGGCAGCGACUCUCGUAUUCGAUUGGCUGGAACGGAGCGGGUAAGUGGAAUCAAUAUACAACUCUUGUUUGAGUUUGAAAUAAGUUGAAGAAAGAGCUUAAACACUUUUUCUUUUUGCACUUUGUAUGGCAUUCACUCACACUCUCGGCGGGUGUUCUCACUACAAUAAGCCACGCCCAGCGGUGUAGAUUACACGAAAACUCUUGCGCUUUACUCAGGUACGCACGGACAGCCAACCUGCUGCAGCACGAAGCCAAUCUGAGACAACCGGACGAGGAGAAUUUGAGCUCGGCGCGAAAAGACCUUGAUCUGGCACCAUCAGACAAUCGUUGUAUCCUGGAGGCGGUUCUGCAAGAAAAAUCAUCUGGGACACGGCAUGAAAUCACGCCGACGAUUCCUUUGUGAGAUAGUUUGCCGAUUUUCAUUUAACUGCUUUAUCAUCAUGCUGCUUGUUCUUUUUAGACUGAACGACCAUCAUCAACUCAUGGACAUAAACUAACAGAGCGCACAGUACUAUGAACGUCACAGUUAGACGUCAUUGAGGUACAACCACCUUGCUGCCGUUCCCAUUCAUAUUCAAUGGAUUGACUACAUGUGGCUUUGCAACUUCACAGCAACCCACCUGUUCGCGAACGCGAGAACCUAGAUGCAGCAGAAUCUCGAGGCGCUGGUGGUGCAGCGACUACAACGAAGGACGAUCUCCAGCCGAAAGUGGAAGCAAAGCCAACUUCGCUUGAGCCGCUGCCAAGUAAGUACAUUUCCAAGCCUUUUGCAGGGCCAAUUUUUUGGAUUCUUGUGAGCUCUGUGACUACAGUGCGUGUAGUAGAAAGAUCGUUUUGAGAACAAGUUCUUGUUCCUGUACCAUUAGGCACACAUCAACGCAAGGAAAAGCAUAAAGGAAAACGAAAAACAGAACCCGCCAGCAAAUUUCUUUCCGACCUUCCACCAAUCGGCGGCAGAACAGCGAGCGGCUCCACCAGCGAAGACAAUGGCAUACUCAAUGAGAUCGACAGCAAAAUCGCAAAUCUCAGGCUGGGCAAGACUGGAGCAAGCUCUAUUGGACCAGAGGUAUUUACGCUGGUGUUGUAGUCCUUCGCAGCUCAUUUGGUUUCGCCCGUUCGCUGCAAUCUGAGACACACAGACCGGCACGACUCGCAAAUUGUUCGUACUUGAUAAAAUUUUCAAAUCUGUUCUUACCCAGCUCGGCUCCGCGACCUCCGCGUCCUCGUCCAAGAACCCGUCUUCGGACGCUGCUGCCCCGCCUGGAAAUUCAUCUACGGCCAUCAACAAACCGGCGGAACCAACACCAAGCGCCAGUCCAGGUGUUUCUGCAGCGACAAGCAACGCGGCUGCGAAGUUUUCCACGUUCAACACGAAACCCGCGGAAGAGGACGAAGAGGAAAUCAUGAGCGAGAUCGAGGAGAGCAUAUCCGCGGGCGGUCUGAGCGAGGAAUACGAAGAAGAUUUCGUACAGGAGACAAAGACGCACGAAUCCCUACCCCAGGUAGCGGAUUUUUCCGUCGACAGCACCGAGCUGGAAAAGUACGAUCACAUGGAGGAAAUUGGGAGCUGAAACGACGAAGGCUUUGCGGUAGCUGCCAAGGUGGAAAAAGACAAACAGUUCUUGAUGCAUCAUGUAGGUCGUGAUCUUCCUCUGUUCUUGGGAAGACCCAGUGAAUGUUGUUGCCAUCGUACAACACUAUUCGCAGAUCUGGUUCAUAUAUAAAACCGAGGACAGUAGCCUGCACUCGUCUCUCAAGCGGUUGUUGAGAGAGUGAUAUACAUCGCUCGCGGCUACUAGACGCAUCGCCGAAUACAACCAAGUCCACGCCCGCUGUAAUUAUUUCCGGUGAGUCAAAAUGACUGCAAGCAGAGCGUGAAGUGCCAAUGUGUGACAACUACGCAUCCCAUACUAGCUCUUCCAGUGAGCAAGGCG